AUGGGUCACCUGAGUACUGCAGUGGUUGCCCUUUUGGGUGCGUUCGCCGCCUGCCAGGCCGCCCCGACGGCCAUCCUGCAGCCGGCCCAGUACUAUCUGAUCCAGCAACAGCCGUCGACGCUCAAGAUCCAGCCGCAGCUAAUCCAACCGAUUCAGCAGCUGAAGCUGGAACCGAAGCAGUACCUGUACUACUAUCCAUCGCUGCCGCUGGCCGCCACCACCACCACGACCACGCAGUACACCGAGGGUAAACCGAUUCGGCUGGUCAGUCUGAAGCAGGACGAAGGUAACUGGUGGUCGUCGGUGUUCGGCUUCUUCCAGCCUCCGACGACGCAGAUGCCGGCCGAGGAAGCGGAACCUACGGAGGCUCCCCCUCCGGCCGAGGGCAGCAAGGCGGGUCUGCCCGAGAAGAAGCUGAUGUUUAUUGCGCCCGAGCCGGCCAAGGCGGGUGAAACGCCGGCCUCAACCACCGCCGCCCAGCAGCUACCUCAGCGCUACUACAUCCUCAGCGGCACGCCCCAGUUCUAUGGCAACUUCGACGCCCUGCAGAACCCUCUGAGUCCGAUCUUCAGCCUGCAGCCGCUGCAGGCCAUCCACGCCCGGGCCAACUCGGACAUCCAGGCCGAGGACGAGCUGCAGCCCAAGUUCCAGGCGCAGAUCGUGUCGUCGCUUGCCCCGAUCGCCCCCGUGCCGGCCGCCGUCCCCGCGCAGCUUAAGAACGAUCUGCUCGAGUCGCACCAGGACAAGGAGCAGACGAUAGACCGUGCCUGGGCCCGGUCGCUGGACGAUGAAGAGCAGCAGCAGCAGCCCGAGAAGCAGCCGGUCGUGAUGGUGAUGCUCGAGGAGGAGCCGGUGGUCGUGCAGGGUCGCUCGAAGUCGGUCGACGACGAGGAAACCCCGGAGAGCCAGCCGGCCGUGGUGCGCGCCGUCGCCGCCCUGGACGAGGAGGAACCGGCCAAGGGCAAGGAGGGAGGAGCGGUGCAGCGCAGCGUGAACGAUCCGGCCAUCGCCGCCGCCAAGCCUUCCGGUAUUGCGCUGGCCGGACGCGGUGGAGUCGCCGCCUCGGCACCCACCGGCACGGCCGUCGUCGGUAAGAAUGGUCUAGCUCUGGCUUCACCGUCGGCCACUUCCGUUGCAGGUAACUUCUUCGAGGACGAGGACGAGGAGAAGAAGAAGCUGUAG